GGCACGGUGCCGUGUGUGUACAUCGCUAGAACGAUCUCUGCGUACCAUCACGAGGAAGGAUCCAAUUAUCCGAUCUUUUUGUUCCAUUCCUUCCGGGGCUGACUAAGAAGGCACGCCGGUACAUUUAGAUCUGCCGCCCCGGAGACCUUCUGGUGGUGAAUCGGGGGCAACCUGCGUCGGGGGCUAGUGUUACCACGGCUAGAGUUACCGUUGACGCGCACUGGCAACGGACGGAACCAUAAGGCGCAUUCAUCGCGUGCGCCAAAAAGUAUUCUCCCGACCGAGGGCGACGUCUAGCUACGCACCGCUUCCGAGCGCAUCCACAUUCGAUGAAAAUGUCGCUCAAUGAGAAGCGGAUGUUUGACCGCGAAACGCUCCGUUCCGUCAUCCAGCAAUGGAACACGGUUCGGUUGGAUAUUUUUGCGCUGUCCGAGCCAAAUGAGAACCUGGAAUUCCACGGUGUGAUGCGAUUUUACUUCCAAGACGAGGGCCAAAAGGUAGCAACCAAAUGUAUCCGUGUCGCAUCCGACGCCACCGUUUCCGACGUUAUCGAAACGCUGAUAGAAAAGUUCCGUCCCGAUAUGCGAAUGCUGUCCCUGCCGAACUACGCACUGUAUGUGGUCCAUGCGAACGGCGAAGAGCGAAAGCUGAACCCGGACGAAAAACCUUUGCUCGUUCAGCUCAAUUGGCAUAACGAUGAUCGUGAGGGGCGAUUUCUGUUGAAAAAUUGUGCCCAAAAGACAAAUACCUUAGACAGCAUCACCGAUCAGCCGAGCUUCAAGCGCAAGCUGUCGAAAAGGGAAAAGAAGGAGCAGAAAAAGAAAGAAAAGUUGAACAAACUGCAAUCAAGUGGUGGUGCCGGUGGACCGGAUUCGGAGAAUCAUGUGGCCGAGAAACUGUACACCGAGCUGCCGGAAACAUCGUUCACGCGAUCCAUCUCCAACCCGGAAGCGGUAAUGCGGCGUCGCCGGCAGCAGAAGCUGGAAAAGAAAUUGCAACAGUUCCGGUCGAGAGACGGCGGUCCGGACACGGGCGGGACGCUGAAGAUCUACGGCGAGAGCCUCUGUCGGGACGUGCCGUACAAAACGCUACUGCUGUCCAUCCGGGACUGUGCGCAGGCCGUGGUACGGGAGAUGCUGUCCAAAUAUGGCAUGGAUAAAGUGGAUCCGCUUCACUACUGUCUCGUGCAGGUCAACAGUGAUGGAUCGGAAUAUAUCCUCGAUGACGAUGAAUGUCCUCUCUCAAUUCUAAUGAAUCACCCUACAUCUCGAGGUUCUAUCAUGUUCCAUGUGCGUCGCCGACCCGCGGAUUCGCAGCCGCGAAGACGGAAAAAGAAACCGCUGGGCGUGUCGAACGGUGGCAACAACAUUGGCGGUGACCGCGAAGGUCCCAUGCUGAUCGAGAUCACGCACAGCGGAGAUGGUGGACGGCGCGUUAAGCUGGGCAGCGAACCGAUCGAGGUCGGUUCGGCCAACACUAAUGCGCUGCAGCUGUUCGGUCCCUCCAUCCAGGCACGCCACUGUUUAAUAUCGAUGCAUGACGGAGUCUGCACCGUGACGCCCCUGCACGCAGAUGGUACGACAUUUGUCAACGGUCAUCACAUCCAGCAGCCGACGAUACUGCACAACGGUUCCGUGGUCAUGUUUGGCAGGGUUGCAUCGUAUCGUUUCGUCGAUUCACCGUCAGACGGGCGAUACAAUCUGGCGCUGUCUCAAUCCCAGCUGGAUUCGGCCUGUUUGUACGAAAGCAGAACGAGCACGUUUCCAAAGCUGCAACCGUCGCAUGCCGCAACAUCAAUUGCGGGCGAACCCGGCGGUCAGGAACCCAUACUUCCCGCCGUGCUGGAGUUCCCGGAACAAAACCAGGAACCAUUUCUGCAAUCCGUCAUCAGCGAGCUGGACGUAAAUUCGCCCAACUUCAAACUGGCACCGGUCUACACGCUCUACCUGUGCGCCCGGUACCGCGCCUCGACGCAUUACCGUCCCGACCUGCAGCCAACGGAGCGGGCCCAUAAGCUGACGGUAUUUCUGCACCAUGUUGCCAAUCUGAUCCAGAACGUUGUCCAGGAACAGUACACCGAUGCCAAAAUACUGUCGUUCUGGAUGGCGAACAGUUCCGAGUUUCUGCACUUUCUCAAAUCGGAUCGUCACAUUUCGGCGUUCAGCGUCCAGGCCCAGGAAGUGCUGGCGGAAAGCGUACAAACAGCGUUCCGCAAUCUCGUAUCGAUAUUUCACGUUGAGCUGUCGCAGACGCUGAACCAGUUCCUGUCGGAAAACAUCGAUCACGACUCGGCAGCCGGGCUGGUGCUGUCCGUGCUUGGUUCGGCGAUGGCUUUGCUACGCCGAUGCCGCGUCAAUGCUGCACUCACUAUUCAGCUGUUUUCGCAGCUAUUCCACUACAUCAACGUUGUGUGUUUCAACAAGUUUGUCACUACUUCACACAUGUGCACCAGUGCAUGGGGAAAAGCCUUAAGUGAGCGACUGUCGCUUCUGGAACUGUGGGCGGAAAAGCAAGGUCUAGAGCUGGCGGCCGAUUGUCAUCUGGCGAAAAUCAAUCAAUGUGCGCAAUUCCUGCAAGCUCCCAAAACGUCCGUUUCCGACGUGCAACAGUUGGCGUGCUCGUGCUUUCGACUGAACUCGCUCCAGAUGGCGGCGCUGCUGUCACAGGAAACCAUUCCACGCAACCUCAUCGACACGGCGGUCCGGAUGGCCGAAUCGGUCGCAGAUGAGCUUAGCCGUGCGGAUGGACGUGAAAUACGGCUCGAAGAAUCGCCGGAACUGCCGCUAGCGCUGCUACUGCCGGACGAUGGUUUCAGCUGUGACGUCGUUCGGGGCAUUCCCGCCGGUUUGGUAGACUUCCUGAAUCCGUUCCAAAUGGCGGGCUGGUGCCGGCUAGCAUCGCAACCGACGAGCAUAGGCCUGUGGACAGUGUACAUGCACCAGUUCAAUCACGGCCGUUCGCCGAGCGUUAUGUCGAGCAAGUUACCACAGCCGGAGGUGCAGAUUAUAAAGCUGCACAAAAAUGCCAACGGAAUGGGGCUUUCGAUUGUGGCGGCCAAAGGUGCCGGGCAGGAACGGCUCGGCAUCUACAUCAAGUCGGUGGUGGGCGGUGGUGCGGCCGAUCUCGAUGGACGUCUUCAGGCAGGUGAUCAGCUGCUGGAAGUCGACGGUCAGAGCUUGAUCGGUAUCACGCAAGAACGUGCGGCAGACCAUUUGGUGCGUACCGGACCAAUUGUGACACUGAAAGUAGCCAAGCAAGGUGCCAUCUAUCACGGAUUAGCAACACUUCUCCAGCAGCCAAGUCCCGUAAUUCAGCGAGGCGGACGAAGAAUGUCCGAACGGGACAUGACUCGCGUCGGCACAAGCAGUGGUGAUAUCAGCAAGCCACCAGUACCCUCAACAUCCGCCGGACAGCAGUUAUUAAAUAGUAAAUCUGUUCCAGCAUUGCACCAUGUAGGCAGUAUUGGUGCUUCAGCUAAUAAAUCCCGUAGCAUACAUAACCUUGCCGGUGGUGGUGUAGGGGGAGGAAGCGCAGGAGCGAUCGGUACUGCAGGAACCAGUCAAGAUCAAGGAUUCUAUCAAAACCUCAGCGUGUACAGAGCCCAGAAUCAGAGUCAUCCAAAUCUUGGUGAACGACCACCUAUGCCUCUUCAGACAUCCCUGAAUUCCCCCGGAGCUUCUGGGACGGUUCUCCAGCAACAGCAGCAAAUGUUGCAACACCAACACCAACAGCAGCUCCAGCAGCACCAACAACACCCGAUUCUAAACCGUCCAGCGUCUGCCUAUUUUAAUAGCAAUAAUAGCGGUAACAAUACCAAUCCUAGCAACUUGUUACUGACUACACAGAACACCAUGUCUUACACAAUGCCUAAUCAGCAGCAGCCUAAUAAUAGUAAUAACGGUAAUCUAGCAAACAUGUCGCAGCAGGGUAACAUGAACACGAUGAACAACCGGCUAGCGUCGACGAUGGGUGGCAAACAGCAAGCCGUACCUCCGGGCGGCAUCGGAAACAGUGGUAACGUGAACGGGUUUAUGCGCGAUGCCCAGGCACAGCAGAGUCUGCGCAUGAAUCAGAUGAUGGCACCGUCGAUGCCAAACAUUGCCCACACGGUGGCGGGCAGUGGCUAUCCGGCACCUGGCGGUAUCUCGGCAAGCCAGAGCAUGCAAAAUGUCAACGUAAUUCCCGGUGGACCAGGCAGUCCGGCAGGAAGUUAUAACUAUCACGGCAGUGCUAACGGUAGCCCAAUGCUGUCGCCACAAAUGUAUCCGCACGAUGGGCAACAGCAGCUAGGCGCGCAACACCAUUCAUCUCUGCUGCGCGGUCAAGCGAAGUUGGCCGAAAUGAACGAACUCAUCAAACGUCGCCAGCAACAGCAGCAGCAACCGGUUUCGUACAACACUGCUACGACAAACAAACCUCCCCAGCUGCAACAACAACCGCAACAAGGACCAAACGCGACAAUGCCCCCAACCACGGCCCCUAAACCAUUGCGUGCCUCUCAAGAUGAUCAACCGCCUCUUCCGCCCGCAUCAACACAUCCGAUGUUCAAACCGGGCAGUGGAGGACCGGCGCAACUCAACAACAACGCGUACAGUAGUGCCGAUCCGCCCAAGGUAGGAUUCUACCCAACAAUGCCGUCGCAAAGCAAAAACCUACCCCAGGUUGGCAGCAGUCCCUGGGAGCGGGAGGAGAAGGAGAAGGAAAGUGAAUUGCGUCGCGAGCAUGUGCGUGCAUGGCGGGAUCAGCAGAUUGUAGAAUUGCAAUCGCUGCCACAGCGUACCCCGAAGCAGGAAGAACAGCUGCGGACGCUCAUGCUGGAGCGUGACUUCGAGCGGCGUGCGAUGGAGGAGGAUCAAGAUUACGAUAAUGAUAUGGCUCCUUACGGCGCAAAAGAACACGGCAAUGUGCAGGAGGUAGUACGUCUAGCACAACCCAACGCUGGACCUCUCACUGCGCCGCUGACGAAGUUGAAGCAGGUUGACAUCAAAACACCAGCGGCCGACACUCUUUCUAUCACCUCAAGCGAACUUUCAUCGAAUGUGCCGUCCGUUUCGACAGCAAUUGCAAACUUCCAGCAGCAGCAGCAGCAGCAACAGCAGGCGUCGGGCAGCGGUGCGCCACCAUUAAUUCAACCCAAAAGCAUUCUUAAGCACAACAACAAUAGUAGCACGCCUUCGUCCCCGUCUAAAGGAGCCGCAAAGACGGCCAGCUUUGCCCACGACGGAAACAAUCCGGCGGCUCGUGCGCAGCUGAACCUGAGCGAAAUAACGGCCAAUAAUACGAAUGCAAACCAGAUGAUGUCUCAGAUGGUGCAUGACAUGAACCAGCUGAAUCUAUCCUCCAACAUGGCAGGAGUGCAGUCGGCAGCCGGCAUGAUGGGUGAAGAUCGUGAAAACAGCGAGUACGGUCAUCCAAUGGCUCACGAGCAACAAACACUGAUCAACGGUGGCGCAGUGAACCCGUAUAUGCUGGGAGGUGAUGCAAAUAACGGCAAUGGAGGUGUUCCACCGCCUCCACCACCGGAACGGAACAGCUCGUAUGUGAUCAUGUCACAGCAGCAGCAAAAGCUGCGAACAAGCACCGCUCCUACGAAGCUACCCUUUAGCGGCCCAAACACCAGCAGUCCUGCGUUGGACCUACAACAGCAGCAACAGAAUGCUAUGAACAAUAACAACGUCAAUACGAUGGGCGGACGAUACAGUAACAAUAAUCUGCUGAUGACGGCACCAAACAACGGCCAGCUAAACAACAAUCCUUCUACGCCAAUGGGUGGUGCCAACAAUGUAAGCGCACCCGGAAAUGCUUCGCUACUAACCAACAGCUUCAAGGACAAUAAACGGGUGUCGUUCCACGAUGAGGAUGCCGGAAACAACAACAAUCCCUCGACGCCAAUGAUGGCUGCUGGGCCCGCCGGGUACACGCAGGCAGGCCAUUUGAUAGGUGGUAGUAUUGGCAACGAAACGACCGGAGGAAGCGGAGAGCUAGGAACCAUCCUGGAACGACCCGAUCCAGACCGUUUCAUCGAUGAAACUAUGCCGGCAAUGCUGCACACACCGACCACACCGGACGGUGAGAACUGGAACAUGCAAAUUCAAGCUACGCCAGGAGUAAUUGGCGCACAGGAAGUUUAUCGUGACCCUCGUACGCGCCGAUUGGCAGAACAGCAGCAAAAACAGAAAUCGGAAGCCGUGCCAGAGAAACUGUCGUUCAAGGAGAAGAUGAAAAUGUUUGCGCUGGAAUCGGGCGAGAAUAAUACACCGAAGGAUAAGCUAAAAAUAUCCCGAGCCCAAAGGGACAUUGAUGCCGUACAUUAGAACCAUUAAGAGCUGAUAGUUUCAGCUAGCAUUUGUUUUAGUAUUGCGUGAGCGUCUGCAUUUCCCCCAAGAAUGCGAAACAUACGCGACAUGUUGACAUCCGCUUCCAAACGGCUGUACGUCGAAAUAGAUCGUACAUUCGAGGACAAGUCGUGCAAGUCUAGGAAAGGUUUGGAAAGCACGGUUGCGCUUGUGAGUGUGUUUUGUCACGAUGGUUCUGUUUUUACUUCGAUUUGUUUAUCCCGUGCAUACCAUAUAGUCGACAUGAUAUCGAUAUCGAUUUUAAUCGUAGAUAGAUCAAAUCUUCUAGAUCGCGUUAAAGAUGUAAAAAGAAGAUAUCAUACAGGAGGAUGCAACUGUAGCAGAUAGAGAGCUUGUACGCUAACGUUUCGCUAUCGAAACCCCUGCAAGCGGCGAGCUGAUAGAUGAAGAAGAUAACAAUAAGGAUCAAAACACAGAUGAUCGUUACGAUUGAUACUUGUACCCAAUGGACCAAGAUGAUACUAACACAAAAGUUUUAAGAAUUCAGCUUAGAAAAUUGUUUCUGUUUUAUAUACAUACAUAUCUAUAUGUAUACCGAAUGAAGACAACCAUAGUCAGCUAGCGAGAGAAGUUAUAUUUAUCGAAAAAGAGAAUAACAGAAAUAGGACGUAGAAGAAGCAGAAGCAAAAGUCAAUGAAAUCGGAACUGUUAAAAGUUGAAUAUAUCGUGUAAGUAAAGCGUAACAGUAGAUAUGGCAGUAGUAAGGUGGGGUCCAACUCUCCAAUCGAAGAAGGUUUUAAUAACAUUAUCCCUUCCGGUGGGAAGUGUAUUCUCUUUAAUAGUAUCCCCGUAAGUUUCUAAAUAGCAAAACACAACCUCUAGAAUGGAAUGCGUCGGCUCUGCGUGUCCUCCGUACACAGGCCCACAGCAAAAAGGUCAAUUUAAUUAGUUCAUCUAAACGCGCACCCAUUCGUAGCCUUUCCCCCUACGUGAUAAUGUGUGCAACAGUAGUAUAGGGUUUUUGUCGAGGAACUCUAGAAUACGGAAACAAAAACAACAACUAACACAUGAUAAAGAAGGAACAAAACGGUGGUGCACACUAUUGUUAACAUUUACGACAGAGUUUUUGCAAUUUCCUUGCACUUACAAGAUGAAUGUAUCCCAACAGUUUCCGAAAUCAGCAAAAAGAAACACAACAAGA